AUGCAAUAUAACUAUCAUCAAUAUCAAAGACAACAUGCUGCUGUUGUACCUCUGCCACCACAGUUGAACCAAUUGAUACAAGAUAGAGGUGUUCGAAUCACUCAUCCCUUCUAUCUAAGGGAUACCUUAUUAGCCUCAGACACGACAUACCAACACCAAUACCAACAUCAAUAUCAACAUCAACAUCACUAUCCACUUUACUACAAUCACUACCAACCUUACUACAACUACGAUCAGCAACAUAAUGAUAUAGAAGCAAACGAAGAACAAGAUGAAGAUGUGGAUGAGGAGUAUAACGAAGAUGAGGAUCAAGAUGAACAUCAGCAUGGUACUGGAGAUGCUGGCCAAUAUGUACUCUCCGACGAAGUCAUUGCAAUGUUUGCUAGAACAGAGAUGAAGAGAAAGGAGAAACUGCGACAACAACAAGUUAUAGAAGAACAAAAGAAGACUGCGAGAGAUGUUGUGACCUCUGUGAAUCCAGCUGAACAGAUGCCACACAUCAGC